AUAAAUAAACACACUAUAUAUAUAGAUAGUGGCAUAGAAAGUACAGAAAAAACAGAGAAAGCUAACACAAAAGGAAUAGUGAGGAAACAAAAGAUGGAUUUCAUCAGAAAGAAGAUAUGUCUGUCUGUCUUCUUGUUUUUCCAUGUCUGGUUUAGUACAGCCCUUAAUGUCUCCACCAUACCUUUUAGCGAUGGCUUCAGCCAUCUCUUUGGCGAAGGAAACAUUCUUCAUGCUACUGAUGAUAAGAGCCUUCAACUUCACCUCAACCAACGCACAGGUUCAGGGUUUAAAUCUUCUGACCUCUACAACCAUGGUUUCUUCAGUGCUAAGAUAAAAUUGCCAUCAGAUUAUACUGCAGGAAUCGUUGUUGCCUUCUAUACGACGAAUGGUGAUUUAUUUACAAAGACACAUGAUGAACUGGAUUUUGAGUUUCUGGGAAAUAUAAGAGGAAAAGCUUGGAGAUUUCAGACAAAUAUGUAUGGAAAUGGAAGCACAAGUAGAGGAAGAGAAGAACGAUAUUAUCUUUGGUUCGACCCUUCUAAAGAAUUUCAUCGUUACAGUAUCCUGUGGACCAACAAAAACAUCAUAUUUUAUAUAGAUGAUGUUCCAAUUAGAGAAAUCGUACGUAAUGAUGCAAUGGGAGGAGACUAUCCAUCAAAGCCAAUGGGACUAUAUGCAACAAUAUGGGAUGCUUCAGAUUGGGCUACUUCAGGAGGCAAAUAUAAAACAAAUUACAAAUAUGCACCAUUUAUAGCUGAAUUCACUGAUUUAGUACUAAAUGGAUGUGCAAUGGAUCCAUUGGAACAAGUAGUAAACAACCCUAGUUGUGAUGAGAAAGAUGAUGAACUUCAAAAGGCAGAUUUUUCAAGAAUUACACCAAGACAAAGAAUGGCUAUGAAAAGAUUUAGGUCAAAAUAUAUGUAUUAUUCUUAUUGUUACGAUUCUUUGAGAUACUCAGUGCCACCACCAGAAUGCGAGAUAGAUCCAAUUGAACAACAACAUUUCAAAGAGACGGGGAGGUUGAAGUUUAACAAGCACCACCAUCGCCAUCCAAAGAGAACAAAAAGUCAAGUUCUUGAUGCUAGGAAUUAUGGAAAUCAAGAUGAAGAGUGAUUUUUGUUUACCAUUGUUGUGUAUAGAUAAAACGAGGAAAAGUGAUUGUUUUUUGGUUUUCUUUGCUAGAGUGGAGGGUGGAAAAAUGAUGAUAUAAUUAUGUUAGUAUGACACUGAUUGAGUUAUUGUAUAUAAAUAAAAGGGGUUGUUCCUCAUUUAUAAUAGAAGACCUUUUGUGAUA